UUCUCUGAUGGAGAAAAAAACGCAAAGGAGUAGCCGAAAAGUUUUACCACAUCAAGAGUAGAUAAGAAUACUCUUACUAUUAAUUACUUAUUGACCACAUCCAUAUGCCAGGCCACGUGAAGGAAAAAGUUGGCGGCGGGAGAUAUUAUAAUGAAAUUAUCCACCCUACUCGUACUCUCUACAAUACGUACAAGAAGGUCUCUACUAAAAAAGAUGGCUGUGGUUGCUCCUUCUCCCCUCUCUGACUAUACUAACACCCAGAAUAAAACCUUGGAUAUGGGCAGUUCCCCAAAGAAGUCGCGACCGGCAGCUGAUCAGACCCUCCAGGUGAAGAGACUGAGUGACAAAGCCACAUUACCGACUAGGGGAUCCCCCUUUGCAGCCGGCUACGACCUGUACAGUGCUCAAGAUGUAACCAUUUGUCCUGAAGGCAAAGCUCUGGUGAAAACUGACAUCGCCAUAGCCGUACCUGAGGGUUGCUAUGGGAGGGUAGCUCCUCGCUCAGGGUUGUCAUGGAAACACCAUAUAGAUGUCGGCGCUGGUGUGAUUGACUAUGAUUACCGUGGCAACGUCGGCGUCGUGCUAUUCAACUUGGCGAAACAAGAGUACAAAGUCCAAAAAGGCGACAGAAUUGCACAACUUGUUCUGGAGAGAAUAUUCACACCACCUGUUGUGGAAAUGGAUUCUCUUGACAACACUGAGAGAGGGACGGGCGGCUAUGGAUCUACAGGGAAAUAGUCCAUCACAUGACUCUUAGUUUAAUCACAUGACUGAACAUUUGACCACAUAAAACCACAAAACAGUCAUUAUAUUAUCUCUUCGAUCCUUUUAUUUACUUUCACUAUUCUGAUACUUAACAAAUUUAUUGAUAAAUUGACAACAA